CAGCAGGAAAAGUUCAUAUCAGAAAUUUGGCAAACAGCACGCUGCAAGGAUCCCGUGAAUGUGGAACAGAUUAGUGAUGUGCUGGCGGGCCAGAUCAAAGACUUUCGUUUCAAUCCUGAAGAGAGUGUCACUUUCACAGGAUGGUUUUCACGAUAUGAAGACCUUUUUGAGAAGGAUGCGCAUAAACUGGAAGACGAUGGGAAGGUGCGAUUGCCGCUGAGGAAGCUUGGUUUACCCGAGCACGAACGAUACACGAGCUAUGUGCAUGAUGCCCAGUAAGCCUAAGGAUUUCAAUUUUGCCGAGACGGUGAGUAAGUUGAAAUCGCUUUUUGGUCCCCGUGAGUCGGAGGUGAGCAAACGGUUUAAGUGUCUUCAACUGCAAAAGACAAAGCUGGAGGAAUAUGUGGCAUUUAGCUGCCGAGUAAAUAAAAGUGUGGUGGAAUCCGAACUCGCGGUGUUAACGGAAGAACAACUGAAGUGUUUUUUAUUCGUGUGCGGGUUAAAGGACGAUAGCGACGCCGAAGUAAGAUUGCGAUUGCUUAAGCAGAUUAGAGGAAACGGAUCAAUCACAUUGCCCCAGUUAGUCGAGGAAUGUCAACAGAUUGUUGAUUUAAAGGGAGCCACCGUAAUGAUCGAGGGCGAGAACAAGGAGGUAAACGUCGUGAAAGACGGGAAACGAGAGCGAAUUGCUCAAAAGUGGCAAAAUAACCGCGUGGAACAAGGAGCACAGCGUAAAGCCAGUAUACCCGUGAUAAAGUGUUGGCUUUGCGGGGAACGACAUUAUGCUCGGAAGUGUGCUUAUGGCGGUUACAGGUGCAAGCAAUGUUACAAGUAUGGCCACAAGGAAGGUCAUUGUACUGUAGCCGAACGCUAUAAGAAAUCAAAAUCGUAUGGUAAAGUAUCGAACGGUUGUAGUUAAUAGGGUCAUGAGCAAAGGCAAAAGUCAUGUGAGCGUGAUGCUAAAUGGCGAAUCCGUAAAGAUGAUGGUGGACACUGGUGCAGAUAUUUCAAUAAUUUCGAGAGACCAAUGGCGAAAAAUCGGCGAACCGCCAUUGCGUCCACCAUCCGUGAAAGCAAAGACGGCGUCGGGUAACACACUGUGUGUCAUAGGUGAAUUUUGUGCACAGUUAACUUUGAAGCAACAAACGGAAAAUUGUGUAGUGCGAGUCACUGAAGAACAAUUAAUGUUGCUAGGUGCAGAUAUGAUGGAUGUUUUCGGGUUGUGGGAUGUACCGCUGGCGUCGGUGCGUAAUAGUGUGUGUGUAGCAACCCAGAGCAUGGAGUCUAUUAGAAAGGAGUUCGAAGGCCUAUUUUCCCAUGAUUUGGGACAUUGCAAGAAGGCGAAAGUGAGGAUGGAGCUGAAAGAAGAUGCUGUUCCCGUAUUUCGGCCAAAACGACCAGUUUCUUCUGCGAUGCGCCCGGCAAUAGCAGAAGAAUUAGAUCGGCUGGAAAAAGUGCGCAAGGCUAAUGGGAGUAUACGCAUAUGUGGAGAAUACUCCACAAGGUUAAAUAAUGCCCUCCAGCACCACCAGUACCCGUUUCCGUUGCCGGAAGAGAUUUUCUCAACGUUGGCGAAUUCAUCGAUGUUCAGUCAGAUAGACCUCACCGAUGCCUUUCUUCAGGUCGAAGUGGAACAAGAGUGCAGAGAACUGCUAACAGUAAACACACAUCGAGGAUUGUAUGCCUACAAUCGACUGCCGCCGGGGGUGAAGGUUGCACCAGGUGCCUUUCAGCAGUUAAUGGAGACCAUGCUGGCUGGACUAAAGGACGUUGCAGUGUAUCUGAACGAUAUAGUCAUCGGCGGAGCUGAUGAACACACCCACUUGAUGAACCUUCGUGCAGUGCUAGCGAAGCUGCGGGAGUAUGGAUUCAAAAUCAGACCAGAGAAGUGUAAUUUUAUGCAAAAACAGAUUAAAUAUCUUGGUCACAUUUUAGAUUGCGAAGGUCAACGCCCGGAUCCCUCUAAGAUAGAAGCGAUCGUGAAUAUGCCCACACCGAAGAAUCCAUCCGAGGUACGUUCAUUCUUAGGGGCGAUAAACUAUUACGAGAAGUUUGUGCCCCAGAUGAGGAAUCUGCGUUAUCCGCUGGAUGACUUGCUUAAGAAAGACGGACAUUGGCAAUGGAGUCCGGAAUGUCAACAAGCCUUCGAAACGUUUAAGCGGAUACUGAGUUCAGAUCUUCUGUUGACAUACUACGAUCCGAGGAAGCCGAAUAUUGUAGCGGCCGAUGCAUCAUCAGUGGGUAUAGGAGCCACGAUUAGCCACAAAAUGUCGAACGGAACUAUAAAAAUAAUUCAGCAUGCAUCCUGCGCCCUAACAAAAACGGAAAUGGGUUACAGCCAACCAGAUCGCGAAGGAUUGGCGCUAAUAUAUGCGGUUACUAAGUUCCACCGAAUGAUUUUCGGACGACGAUUUACAUUGCAAACCGAUCUUCCACCCUUGCUGCGAAUUUUUGCCUCGCGAAUGAGAAUACCAGUUUAUACGGCGAAUAGAUUGCAACGUUGGGCUUUAACACUGCUGAUGUACGAUUUUAAAAUUGAAUAUGUGUCAACGGAGAAGUUCGGAAAUGCCGACGUACUGUCUCGCUUGAUAGCGAACCAUCAGAAACCGGAUCCGGAAUACGUGAUUGCGAGUGUCGAAACAGAAAGGGAUGUGCGGGCCGUGAUAGGCAGUAUAACGCAAAUAAUGCCACUGACGUUUGGAGAAGUCUUGCGUGAAACUAACAAAGACCCUUUACUAAGAGAGGUACGAGACUUUGUGCUACACGGUUGGACAAAGAAGAAGGUAGAAAAGUUAGAGCUGCGAAUAUAAUCCACUGGAGUGGGAUUCACUCGAAGACGCGAUAUUUUUUAGAAGUUUUAAAGGAGACUGAAACGCGGAUACGACCGUUCUUGUUGCGUUGUAACUUGUAAGUGCCUUUAUUAAAAUUUUCGUUUCUUAUAUACUAAAAAUUAGUUGUGAGAAAUGGAGGUAAGAGUGAGAUGGGUAAUUAGAAAGAGAUAGUUUCCUUUUGGAUAACGUUGUCCUAGAUGCCUUAUCCUGGCAUAUGUUUACAUGAGUUCUGGGUAGGCAUUCUAAGGCUGUACCAAUAUCUCACACGCAUUUCGGUACAUGUGGUAUCACUUAAGUUGUGUACCCUUGUCUCGUUUUACUUUCCUCGGUUAUAGUUUGACCGUAUGCAGUUAUGCUGCCUUUGCUUAUUGCCGGGUAAUAUGUUUUUUUGUCAAGUGCUUCGUCCUUUUUGGACGUUUUAUGAUAUUGCCUGAAACUAUGAUCAUGUUACGUAACGUAUGAAGUGGUGUAGCAUGCUAAUGCUAAACAGUUAUCAUCAAUUUAUCAAAUCAGCAAAACCAAGACAGUACACAGGUCAGUGUCCAUUACGCAACAACCAGACACAAAUAAAAUAAUUAAAGCAUGAAUGUUGACCAAUGAACGCAAGUAACCCAUCACAUAGCCAAGAACACAAUAUCAGCAGAUUCCGCAGUUUUAAUCGAGCGCGCGACAACAGACGCGAACACCUUUAGCGCCAACAUGAAAACAUAUCAGCGCACGCUUCCAGCGUAUGAUGCAAUGCAAUGCAAUAUGAUACCAAUAAAAAACAUGUACAGACAAGCUCAUGCGAAAGCGCAAGUUCGGACAGGUAGCGCGGCAGUGUAACCGGACACAAUUGUUUUCGACAAGAACCUUUAGUUCUUGUCUUCAUACAGAGAGGUUAUUAUACGCAAAUUUGUCAAUUCAACAUAUUCAUCAACCCAAGAAAAAACUUGUAGACGACUUGACCCAAAUUGUAAAUACUGAAUAGAACAAAUAACAUAACAAAACCCAAAUACCAAUGUAAUGAAUAAAGCUGCCUCCGUUCCGAUGAGAAUCAGUUGAUGGUCUAUGAUGGACAUCAAUGAAACUAUAACCUGAGUUCGUUUGUCUUUACGCCGUUUCGGCGAUUCAUAUCCCUUCCGUAUAUUACAUGACGACCGAUUACGUAUAUUACAGUGGGUAAGGAUUUGGGAUCUUUUUAUGUUAACGUUGCAUAUGGUCCUUGAGAUGCAUCGGUAUGUAAUUGCGCUUACGUUUUCUCAUAGAACAUUAUUUUGACCUGAAAGCUGAGAUUACACACAUGGCUUUUCUAGGAUGUCAACAUGUUAAUGUUGGUAGAACAUUAUUUGACCUGAAAGCUGAGAUUAACCACAUGUCUUUUCUAGGAUGUUAAUACGUUUAUAUUGCGUAGCUAUUUCAAAUUCCCUUUCUUACGAUAGUUCGAAUUCUCACGCGUACGCUUUGAAUUUUGUCGCAUACGUAACAGUAGAUAUGAACCUAAGUUGGCCAGGCGAUCCCGCGUAGCGUCCUGUUUAUUUAGAACGGCGUACCAUUCUUUAUUCAUUUUCCUUCUCGAACCUAUUGCCUGUGCUACGUUCGUCUUGAUCGACGUCGAGUCUAAUCUAUGGCUUGUAAUUCUCUUAAAUGAUCAUAUAAUAGUUUGAAAUGUAUUUGAAAAACGUGAAUUAGAACGAUUGACUGUUGCGUUCACAACAGCGAAACUUCCAAGUCAGAAGCGAGUCCUUGUCCACAGUAAACGGAUGUUUACUUUUUGGUGAGAGGUUAGUGAUUCCUGGACCUCAGAGGAAGAAAUGCUUGCAGCAGUUACAUGACGGUCAUCCUGGCAUGGAUAAAAUGAAGGCGCUUGCUAGAAGUUAUGUAUAUUGGCCCGGAAUAGACCGUGAUGUCGAGGAAAAUGUCCGAAGAUGCCAACAAUGUGCAGCAGUUGCUAAGACACCAGUUCAUAGUAAUUCAAUCUCAUUGCCAGAAUCAACUGCUCCGUGGCAGCGAGUACAUGUGGACUACGCUGGCCCUAUCGACGGAACGUAUUAUUUGCUUAUAAUUGAUUCGUUCUCUAAAUGGCCGGAGAUAGUGGCGACUACAACGAUGACAUCAAACGCAACCAUUAAGAUACUACGGGGUCUGUUCAGUCGUUUUGGAAUGCCGAAUGUAUUAGUGAGCGACAAUGGGUUGCAGUUUACCAGUGCGGAUUUUGAAAUGUUUUGUACAACCAACGGGAUUGAGCAUCUGCGCACGGCCCCCUACCAUCCGCAGUCAAACGGACAGGCGGAAAGAUUUGUAGAUACGUUUAAGCGAGCGUUGAGGAAAAUGGAGGAGGAAGGUAGGACAGAACAAGAAGCUUUAGAUAUCUUCCAAAUGACAUAUCGUAGUACGCCACACAAGCAGUUGGAUAGGAAACAAUCUCCUGCGGAGUUGAUGUUUGGUCGUAGAAUGCGUACGUGUAUGGAACUUUUGCGAUCACCGAUCAAAUUAGGCAGAUGUGCGAAAGACAGUAAAUGCUUAAGGGAAUACCAACAAAAUGAUAAAGUGUACGCGAAGCAAUAUUUACGUAAUAAGUGGAAGUGGGUUCCCGGCACAGUAAAGAAACGAUUAGGUACGGUGAUGUAUGAGAUCAUAACGGAAGGUAACCGAUGGUUACGCGUUCAUAUUAACUAGCUGCGAACGCGAGUUCCUGAUGAUAGCCCGAGAAAGCCGAAUGAAACGAAUCGUUCGUUUCACAUGUUGGACGUGUUGCUGGACGCUUGGGGCAUAAAUAUAGAUGGAGUAACACCAAACAGAAAAGAGACCGUCGAACGCAACACACAGGUAGCUGGAUCACCUAAACUGGUAUCGCUGUCGACGUCCUCAGUUUCAUCAUCUCCAUCGUCGUCAUCAGAUUAUUUAUCAUCGCCGUCCUCAACAGAACAACGAUCGGCAAUAUCUCCAGGGUUUGCCACAGCCGACAGCGGAUCGUCGACGCCGGUACAGCCUCUACGUCGUUCUACGAGGAUUCGUAGACCGCCUCAGUGGAUUAAGCCAUACCGCCGAUAUUGAAAGGGGGAGAUGUUGUAUACGGCAAUCAGGGUUGCCUGCCCCUGGACCCGAAGCAGUGAGUGCCGCUCUUAGGAGACAGUGAUCGGUCUCCUAGUGAUGCGUGCUAGAUGGUCAGGGUGUGGGUCUUGUCUCGUCCUAGCCAGCAACCUAGCCGGUCGUUAUUGUAUCGUCAUUACCUUGUACUGUUGUGUGUAUUUUAAUUUAAUAAACUAAGAUUUGUUAAAAGAGCAAAAGAUCCAACAAAAAACUUUAAUAUUUCGUUAUAUUCAGCUAAUGGCACACUUUGAUGAUGCGUUUCCUAGUAUUUCCUUGCAGAACACUCCAGCCACUUGUAUCGACACCAAUUUUUUAAACCAUUUUGAUGGCUUGCUCGAAACCAUUCAGCAACAUGGUGAGAUUUCUCAAAGUUUUCCCGCUUUGCCAAGGGCAUUG